GAACAUCAACCGCUGUUCAAACCGUCACCCCUCCAACUUAACGCCUCCUGCGCCUUCAACGACAGCGGUCGGAUCAGAAACUGAUCAAUUGGACCGACUAUUAUCAUCGCUGGUCGAAGGAACACCGAAUUUGACGUCUUAACCCGACCGUCCUUACCUUCUUGGAUCCAACAGGGGCCUCAACCCGCCACCGCCUGUCCCUUAUCAUCGACUGCUUUAAGGACCAGGAAUUCGUUAUAUUCUCCACUACCCUUCAUAGCCGCAAUGUCUGCUCGUACUUUGUCGCACAGCCUUCGCGCCCGCUGCCUUUUUCGCAGGCCUCAGAACGUUCAGGGUUUCUCGACUCGUACCAACCUCCGUGCCGCUGAUCAUGGAGAUCACUACGACCCUCCGACUGGGUGGCUUUUCGGUGUCAAGCCAGGCCAGAAAUACGUGAAGGAAGGCUGGGAGAACAUCUGGUACUACGGAUUCAUUGGCAGCUUGCUCGUUGCUGGUGUCGCAUACGUUUUCAAGCCAGACACCUCGAUACAAACAUGGGCUCUGGAAGAGGCACGGCGGAGACUUGAAGCCGAGGGUAUACUGGAGGACCCCGAGAAAGCUCAGAGGAAGUAAGGGACAAACUUGUCCUGAGUAUUUCCUUGUACAUUGUACAUAGAGCGGUCGGACAUGGAAAACAGUUUCGGAUGAGAUGUUGUACCUGUGCUAGUGGAUACGAUUCGCCAGCUCAGUCUAGACAGGUCUUUUUAUUCCCUUACCUAUGUUCUUUUUUCUUAAAUUCUGCAUUGUACUCUGUCAACGUAUAUUCUGGGAUGCUUUCACCGAUUGCUUUAGAAAGUUACGCAAAAGCAAGGAAUGCAAAUGUCCAAUCGC